ACGGGAGGGCGCGCCUUGCGGGCUGAAACACAUCCCGCCACUCGUCCGUAAUGCUGGCCAACAACCUGUGUCCAUCGGAAGAAGCUGCUCCCAACUACGCUCAGUUCCAAGUGAUCAAGCCGACCUGUGAGGCGUUUCAAGAAUGGGCCCCAGCCACCGCCGCGCCCGUGCAGUACCCACAAGCACAGCAGUUUCCAUUUCUCUUCCCACAGUCGGAAUGGUCCUACCCGGCUCACUUACAAUUACAGCAGCAGCCUAUGUUGCAACCACAUGAAAUGAAGGUUGACACUGAAAGGCCUGAAGUAAUCCAACGACUACCGCACCCUUGGCCAUACACAUUCCCCACAGAUGAUGCAGCUCAUUCGCAACUGUCGGAUGAUUCCGAACCAGGUUGCCCUGAUGAUUUGGAAGCUUUUGCCAAGCAAUUCAAGCAACGAAGAAUAAAACUGGGGUACACUCAAGCGGAUGUCGGUUUGGCAUUGGGCACGCUCUAUGGGAAUGUGUUUUCUCAGACGACGAUUUGUCGAUUCGAAGCGCUCCAGUUGUCGUUCAAGAAUAUGUGCAAGCUGAAGCCGCUUUUGUUCAAAUGGCUUGAAGAAGCUGACUCCACUUCUGCUAGUCCAAACUCGGCUUUUGAGAAGAUGACAGGGCAAGGAGGAAGGAAGCGUAAGAAGAGAACAAGCAUAGAGGUGAAUGUCAAGUCUCGUCUGGAAUAUCACUUUCAAAAAAACCAUAAGCCAAACGCGCAGGAGAUUUUGCAAGUGGCAAAUGAACUCGGAUUAGAUAAGGAGGUGGUCCGUGUAUGGUUCUGCAAUCGACGGCAAAAAGAGAAACGAAUGACGCCACAGUUCGACCAACAAAUGAUGAUCACGAGCCCGUACCCUCCGUCCGACAUCUUCUCCUACCCGACCGGCUUGCCGAUCAACCCGUCACAGUUCGAGCUGCGAACGGGCUCCGGCUCAGCCUGAAACCGCAUCCAGUGUGAGCGUUCCGUCUAGCCGUUCAGCUCUACCUCCUGCUCUCCUCCGUCCUUAGGCUCUACCAACACUUCUAUACUCUUCUUCUCGUCCGCUCAUCAGACGUUUUUGAUCUCUAGUUCAGUCGUAUCCACUCGCUUCCACAAAAACUUCCGAUGAGUGCGCAAUUCUUCUUCACUUACAAAACCCGAGUGUGUGCUGUGUUCGCGUGUGUUUGUACAUUCCAAUUGGGCUGGCGGGUGACACAGAAAAAGUCCGUAGUUGCAGAAUUGGCCAUGCAAUUUGCUCCCACAUCUGCUGCUCACUCAGCGCUACCGUAUCCGCUCUCCCACCAGUCUCUCGCCAUUUUUCUCUGCUGUGUGUUUCUUUCCAUUGUUUAUUCUUUGCAUGCAAGGGUAGCGGACUCUCCACAUACAUACGGGGAGGUUCGCCAAUUUUCUUCAUUAUUUUCUUCGUUUUUUUUUUGAAAUUCAGAGAGAUAUGCUAUUUAUUCUUCUUACAUGAUCAUUACUGUUCUGUGAGAGAUUUGACCAAAUUUGUGAUAUAAUGAGUCGUAAUAAAUCUAAGAACUAC